AGAAAACGUCUAAAGAUGGGGGCCGUGUGCAGUAGUAUAAGUGAACUGUCAAACAAUGAGCCGUUACGCCGCCUCUCAGGAACAGAGCCCAUUGAUCCCAUGGACCCUUUCUGGAACCAGCUCUUGUCUUUCUCCUUCCUGACGCCAAUGAACAGCGCUGAUUCCAGGUUAUUAGAGGAAGCGACUUUAGUCAUCUGUAAAAGCUUUGCCAUCAACAACUGUAAAACGGGAAACUUCAACUCCUUGAUUCGCACAUUUCUGGUUCGGUCAACAGAGUUAAAAGCCUCGGCACAGCUAGAAGAUAACAUAUUUACCUGGCAGACCUACAACGCCUUGUUCAUCAUCCGCUGUGUCUGUAAAUACUUCGUGGAACAUCUCAGUGAGGAAUUGUUACUUCAGCAAUUUGAUGUCAAGGCACAUCAGCCAACUGAUAAAACAGGCAGUACACCAUCUGAGCAACAUACUGGGACGUCAGAAGAGUUGAUUACCUCCCUUGUUGAGCUCCUGGUGGAUGUCCCUGUAGUGAGCUGUACCUAUGCUCUCCACGUAGAGGCAUUGAACACCCUGAUUGUGCUGCUCUCCAUUCAGAUGUUUCAACCACAGCCAGCAGUCCGAUUCUCAGUGUACAGGUUCAUGAUGGAGGGAAAAUGUUCCAUCCAUGCCUGUGUUUUCAUGAAGGCGUUGUUGAGGAACUUCAUAGAGCAGCAGAAAUGUCCCGCAGAACUAUUUAAAUCCAGUGAAGAGAGUGGUCUCUAUAGAGUUACGGCUGCAGUAGCCAGUGGCCUGUGGAGUGUUCUUACCUUGGGGUUUGGUGGAAAACAAAAGAAAUCCGAAGACGAAAUCAACGAUGCUAUUCUAGCCAAUCAGAGCUUGCUGUUUAUCCUGAUCUUAGCUAACCACUGUACAAAUGAGAAAGGCUUACAUAAUCCUUACAGAGAAGCUCUCUUUUCCUUCACAAACUCCCAAGAUCAGUCGAACACCCUUCCGACCCAAGCUGUGGCCACAUUCAAAAUAGACUUCUCAAAGCUUUACACUACAAUAUGCAGCAUGUUGAAAGAUGAUCAAACAACGUUGUUGUUGUAUCUUCUGGUGCAUAGGAAUUCCCACAUGAAGGCAUUCAUACUGUCACGAACAAACACAGACCAGCUGGUGUUGCCAAUACUGAAGAUCCUGUACCACGCCCCUGACAGAAACUCUCACCAUAUCUACAUGGCUUUAAUCAUCUUACUGGUGCUCAGCGAGGAUGAAUUCUUCAGUAAAUCUGUCCACGAAAUUACAUUGCAGACAAUCCCCUGGUUUAAGGAGCGCGUCAUCAGCGAGAUCACCCUAGGGGGUCUGUUAAUCUUGGUAGUGAUUCGGACUAUACAGUACAACAUGACUCGUAUGAGGGACAAGUAUCUGCACACCAAUUGUCUGGCAGCUUUGGCAAACAUGUCCGCCCAUUUCAGAAACCUUCAUCCUUAUGUGGCUCAGAGGAUAGUCAGUCUGUUUGCUCAGCUUUGUAAAAAACACACACGGUUGAUUGAACAGAUCCGAUUGUCAGCUGUCCAAGAUGUCACAAAAAAACCCCGAAAUACAGGAUUCCGAAGACUCAAUCCAGGAGUUAGCAGUUUUAGAGGAGGUCAUCCGAAUGGUGCUAGAAAUUAUCAACUCAUGCCUGUCCUCGUCACUUCAUCACAACCCCAAUCUUCUGUAUACGCUUCUGUAUCAGAAGGAGCUGUUCACACCAUUCAGGUCUCACCCAACAUUUCAGGACAUUCUACAGAACAUAGACACAGUGUUGACGUAUUUCUCCUCUAAACUUGAACAAAAUGGUCACCAGUUGUCUCCUGGAGAGGUUCUGGAGGUGAUCACGCAGGGAGCUGUACAGUUUAGGAGGGACAGAUUAAAAAAAUUCCCCGAGUUGAAGUUCAAGUAUGUUGAAGAGGACUCACCAGAGGAGUUUUUCAUCCCUUACAUCUGGUCUCUGGUGUAUCAUGCCUCCACUAUGUACUUUAAUCCUUCACGCAUUGUCCUGUUCUCGUUAGGAAG